CUUGGACCGCGGAAGCGUUUAGACGUGUGCAUUCUAUUUGUUUUAUAACUUAAAAAUCAAAUUAAAAAUAAAUUCCGUGCGAAUAAAUUAAGGUGUGUACCAGGAGCGCAUGAGUUGCGUUGCAGUAAGUGCAUCUGUGCGAACGGGACAACACUUGUGAGACAGCUUAAGUUGUACGCUCCGUCUGCGCGCAUCAUCGAUACGCAAGCUUUGUAAGUUGCCGUAAUUCAUAAGCGAUAGCGGGUAGCGGAAAUUUAUAGGGGGCUGGUCCAAGUUUAUUUUUUCGUGUACUCUGGUGUCAUCUUUUGUCAGAAAUAUGCCUCUUAAGCGCACACCUCCCAGCACCCCCACUCCCGAAGACUUAAAGGAAGCUAGGUUGAACGCGCCGAAAGCUUCUUUUUCGGGCUCCGCGCCAGAUUUAUCUAAUGAGGAGCGAAGCAAUGUAACUAUGAGGCGCAAGCAGGAUGAGUCCUAUAUUAAAAAAUUCAUAACCGAAAUUAAGGAUAUGCUUGCUAAAGCAAACUCUCAAAAUGAAAGUAAAUUCACCUCCUUGCAAUCCUCCAUGAGAGAAAUCUUGACACAAAAUACAGAAAUAAAAGACUCCAUUGCUUUUGUCUCUAAGCAGUACGAAGAUAUGAAAGCUAAAUACGAGAAGUUGGAAAAACAGAGGAAUGAAGAUCGUCUGUAUAUUGAUCAGCUUGAAAAGAAAAUCGAGUCGCUGGAACGAACGUCUGCCUCAACUAAACUUGAACUAAGAAAUAUUCCUAAGAUUACCGGUGAAAAUAAGGAUAGUUUAUGUAAAAUUGCUUCAAAAGCUGCAGAUGUUAUUGAUUUUCCCAUACAGAAACAGGAUAUUAAGGAUAUUUAUCGUACAAAAAGUAAAACUGGACAUGGAGCAAUUAUUGUGGAAUUGGGCAGCGUUAUAUUGAAAGAUGGUAUUAUUGAAAAGGCACGCAAAUUUAACAAAAUGAAUUCUGCUAACAAAUUGAACACGGCACACUUAAGUUUGGAAGGACCAGCAAAGCCAUUUUUUAUUUCAGAAUGUCUAUCACCCUGCGGAAAACGAUUAAAUUAUCUGGCUCGUGCAUUUGCUCAGGAAAAUGGAUAUAAAUUCUGCUGGACCUCAUUUGGAAGAACCUACCUGAGACAAGAUGAAGGUAAACGGCAUAUUAGAAUUGAUAGUGAGGGUGAUUUAAAUAAACUUCGUCUAAAACAAUGACUUUUUGAGGCCCCCAGGAAACUCCGCCGGCCUACGAUAACUUUCCUGUUUGUGAAAAUCCAGCACUUAAUUAUUGUUUUUAUAGAUAUUAUUUUAUUUUUUUAUAUAUUAUAUUAUUGUUUUACUUUAUAUACAUACUUAUACUCUGUUCAUUGUAUUGUAUUUUACAUAACUAAAAAAUCAUACAUUCUUAGUCUAGUGAUCAUGUUGAAAUCGAGAUCUUAUCUUUGUAAAAAUGUCAGCAUUUCUCAGACACGAGUAGCUGCGACAAAAAGCUUAAUAUUUUACAAAUGGCUAGAUUUAUUGAUAAUAUAAAUAAUGAUAUUGAUAAUAUAACAGUGGCAACUGCCUACAGUUGUGAUAUAAUUAAUUGUAAUGAUUUAGUAAAAAAAUCAGGAAACUCCCUAAAAAUUAUAACACAAAAUAUCCGUAGCGUUUACAAAAAUAUUGAUGCAUUCUUGGCCCAUAUAGCUCGUCUGUACUUUGAUCCAGAUAUAAUAAUUUUAACUGAAUGCUGGUUAAACGAUAAUAAACCCAUACCCAGUC